AAGUUAUCAAUGGAGUUUUACUGAGCUGAGGCAAGCCUGGAGAUGACCUUAUCUCAAAUCCAAGGAUACAGUUGUUUCUCCUGGAAGCAAGUGGAAGCCAAAGGAGACAGUUGGACAGGUGCAGUGUGGGCGUGGUGGCUUUAAUUUAAACCCAUCUCAGCAGUCAUGGUGCACACCGUCUGAAGCUGAUAAGAGGAAAGCUGGUUGUAGAUAACAUUGAACAGCAUGGAGAGGUUGUAGGAUAUGUCAAAGCAGUUUCUCAGGUCCUACAAGGUUAGUGGAUGAGAUGGGAAGGUAUAGAGUGGAGUGUUGGGAAGACAUAAGGGAGAUGGAGUGCAGGUGGAAGGAAUGUUUUUAGUUCUGAGCAACGUAUGAUUUUCUUCCAUCUCCCUAGAAUGUAAAUAGAUGGACAGGCGGGGAUCUGUCAUGUUUAUUGUGUUCUGGGGCAGCUUCACUUCAGCACAUUCUGUCAGUAAGUUUGUCACAGUGAAGAUGUACACUGAAGGAUUAUCAAGUGCUGAGAUGCUGAUAAAGCGAGGCAAGCGCACAGAAAUAAGGAGCGGUGUUUGUUUUUGAAGGAGAGCAGCUCACCGGUAACCUUUGGGAAAGCUGUUGGAUGAAUCCUGACAACUCGCGAGCCCAGCUCGAGUUCCUCAGAUUGUUCCCUACAAAAACUUAAGGCCAGAUACGGUGUUGUGGUCUGAGUUGCAACUUCUUGCAUAUUUCAUGGAGUUCACAGUUUCCUGGGAGAAGUCUGUAAAAAUGGCCCAUAAAAGGAAAAAAAAACUAAAUACAGAGUUGGCUAGAGAAGCAGAGGAAGACAGAGCUAGAGUCCGCCCACUGGAGAUUGGUUGGAAGGAGUUUGUGGCAAAGUCUGCUAGGAGGAAUUAAAGGAAAUAUUUUAAAUUAGGUAAUUGCCACAAUAAAAUACAUGAAUAAAUAAUAACAAUAAAAUGACCAGCACUGCUGUAGGCUGCAGGGACUUCCUGUGGAAAAAAGAAAGACUGGAGUCAGGUGAGUUCUAAAGCUGUAGAAACUGGCUUGGCUUUGUGCAUUUUAAAUUUAGUUUUGGUAUUUUUUCAGGAAAAGAGGGCUGUCGGGCUUGUUGCAUGUAAUGAAAUGUUUUUUAAGCUGAUUUUUUUUUUUUUUUUACAAAGAUAUUGUCAGGGCUCACUCAGCCAUGUCCUCCUCCGACCACCAGAGGGACCCCUCUCCUGACUACUAACCAUGUUCAACAUCUUCCUCACUACAACUCCCAUCAGCCACCACUUCAGUCUUCUCCACGCACAGCUGAUCAUCAUCAUCCUCAUCAGAACCACCAGCAUUGACACUCACUCCAACCUCAACUUCAAUGUGAAGUCUUGAUUGGUUUGACCCAUCAGUUUGAGCAGGUUUUCCCAGUUUGAUUCUCCGUGUUUUUGACCAACGCCUGCUUACUCGGUUCUCUCCCUCACCUCUGUUUUUGACCAUUGCCUGCCUUUUGACGCCGUUUAUGUCUCAGCCUCUUCAUCACAGGGAUUGCAGCUGUGACUGAAUGGAUGACACUUUUUGGGGGGAUUUUCUUCUUCGAGGAAUCAAAGGAGAAUAAAAAAACGUUUACCUCUGGUCAAAAUGUGAAUGAGCGAUUGAUGUGUGGCUGGAGGCUCAGAGGUGGACGCCCAGCCUCCCGUCCACUCACUGCGAUUCCUAGGAGUCCCUGAACUGCAAAGCUCCUGCAGCCCACUUCAAUGAGCUUGUGAUGGAGCUUUCCUCCAUUUCUUCCACAGUCAGCCAUCAGGCACAGCUGGAGUGGAAUGUAGCUGACACAGGCGGCGGUUUCAAAUGCCCAACACAAACGCUUGAGCGGCUGCGCCGAGGUGCCAUAUUCGAGGAAAACGCUGUGAAAGACGACGAGAUCUUUCAGCUCGCCAUCUCAGACCUGAGUCUGAGCGACGACAUCCUGCAUAGCGAGAAGAUCACGCACUCUGUGAAACUUAUCGAGCCCAACAACCCCUUCCAGGCUGUGCAGGAAGCAUGCGAGCUGAUGAACCAGGGGAUCCUCGCUCUUGUAACGUCUACAGGAUGUGCAGCAGCAAGUGCCCUGCAGUCGCUGACAGAUGCAAUGCACAUCCCUCACCUCUUCAUUCAGAGGAAAGGGGACGGCGUACCCCGCACCGCCUGCACCCUCAACCCCAGCCCCGACGGAGAGAGCUACACACUGGCUGCCCGUCCACCUGUUCGGAUAAACGACGUCCUGCUCACUCUUGUGUCAGAGCUGCACUGGCAGAAGUUCAUCAUCUUCUACGAGAGCGACUAUGAUAUUCGGGGAUUGCAAACCUUUAUGGACCAGUCAUCUCGGCUCGGACUGGAUGUUUCUUUGCAGAGGGUGGACCGCAACAUCAGCAGAGUUUUUACAGACCUCUUCAACACCAUGCGUACCGAGGAGCUCAACCGGUAUCGGGACACUUUACGAAGAGCGGUACUGCUCAUGAGUCCUCGUGGAGCGCAGGUUUUCAUCCACCAGGCGGUGGAAACCAACCUGGCGUCAAAGGACAGUCACUGGGUCUACGCCAAUGAGGAGGUGAGCGACUCCGACAUCGUGGAGCUGGUUCACGGUUCUCUGGGCCGGAUGACGAUCAUUCGCCAGAUUUUCCCAAUGUGGAGGGACACUAAUGUUCGCUGUAUGAGGAACAAUCACCGCAUCUCGUCCCUGCUGUGUGACCCUCAGGAAGGCUACCUGCAGUCUCUGGAGGUGUCCAACCUCUACCUGUAUGACAGUGUUCUGAUGCUGGCCAACGCCUUCUACAGAAAGCUGGAGGACAGGAAAUGGCACAGCAUGGCCAGCCUCAACUGCAUGAGGAAGUCCACAAAGCCAUGGAAUGGAGGGUGGUCUAUGCUGGACACCAUUCAGAAGGGACGGAUCAGUGGUCUGACAGGAAUGAUGGACUUCCGCGCUGAGGGCUCCAAUUCCCACGUGCAGUUUGAGGUUCUUGGGACCAGCUACAGUGAGACAUUUGGAAAAGAUGUGAAAAAGUUGGCCACAUGGGACUCCAUCCGAGGUUUGAAUGGUAGCCUGAGGGAGAACCGAAUCGACAGCAGCAUGCAGGGGGUGACGCUCAAGAUUGUUACAUUACUGGAGGAACCGUUUGUGAUGGCAGCAGAAAACAUUCUUGGUCAACCCAAAAGGUACAAGGGUUUCUCAAUCGAUGUCCUUGAUGCCUUGGCUAAGAUCCUGGGGUUCAAGUAUGACAUCUACCAAGUUGCCGAUGGGAAAUAUGGCUCAAUACAACCCAAUGGAUCCUGGAAUGGCAUGAUUGGAGAACUCAUAGGCAAACGAGCCGACUUGGCCAUAUCGGCCAUCACCAUCACACCGGAGCGUGAAAGCGUGGUUGACUUUAGCAAGCGCUACCUGGACUACUCUGUGGGAAUCUUGAUGCGCAAGUCUGAGGAAAAGAUCAACAUUUUUUCCUUACUGGCGCCGUUCGACCUGGCUGUGUGGGCGUGCAUCGCCGCCGCCAUCCCCGUGGUGGGCAUCAUGAUCUUCCUUCUCAGGCGGAUCCAGGCGGUACGCUGCCACAACAAUGCUGGAGGGCAACCAACACCUUCAGCUUCCACCUCGCUCCAGAAUGCUAUCUGGAUUGUUUAUGGUGCUUUUGUACAACAAGGCACCGACUCCCUACUUGGCUCGGUGGCUCUGCGUAUCGUAAUGGGCAGCUGGUGGCUCUUCACGCUCAUUGUGUGUUCAUCUUACACAGCAAACCUGGCAGCCUACCUCACUGUGUCACGCAUGGACAAUGCAGUCCGGUCACUCCAGGACCUUUCCAAACAGGCGGAUGUGGUUUAUGGGACCGUCAGGGACUCGGCCGUGUACGAGUAUUUCAGGGCCAAAGGCACCAAUCCUCUGGAACAAGACAACACCUUCGCUGAACUCUGGAAGGUCAUAAACAAAAACAACGGCUUUGAGUACUCCGUUUCAAGCCCGUCAGAGGGAAUCAAAAAGGCAAAGCGGGAGUCGUAUGCUUUCCUGUGGGACAUGGCGGUGGUAGAGUAUGCCGCUUUGACAGAUGACGACUGCACGCUGACUGUAGGAGGAAGCAGCCUGAACACCAGAGGCUACGGCAUGGCCCUGCAGCAUGGAAGUCCUUACAGAGACCUCUUCUCUCAAAAGAUCUUAGAAAUUCAGGAAAAAGGUGACCUGGACAUCCUGAAACAAAAAUGGUGGCCAAAGAAAGGCCGCUGCGACCUGCAGAGCCACACAGACGCUCAGCCAGAAGGCCGAGCGCUGCGUCUGCACAGCUUUGCCGGCGUGUUCUGCAUCCUCGCCGCUGGGCUCCUGCUGGCUCUCCUAGUGGCUGCGCUGGAGACGUGGUGGAACAGCAACCACUGCCGAAGAGAGCAGCCCAAAGAGGACAAGGAGGUGAACCUGGAACAGGUCCACCAGCGCUUGAACAGCCUCCUGGACGAUGACUUAGCGCACAAGCAGCUGCCAGGCCAGUCUAUCGAGAUCUCUGCCCUGGAUAUUGGCAGAGUGCAGCCCAGCCAGUCUCUGGAGGCUUUGUCUGUUCGGGAUUACCCAUCCCACCGGGGUCCGCCGCCGCUCUCUGUGACCACCUUCCUCCAGGAGGGUCACGGGGUCGGAAGGACACUGGGCGCAGCAGGAGGCAGGACCUUGCCUCUGCCUCUCAGCAGUGCCACAAUGCCCUCUAUUCGAUGCAAGCACAGAGCGCCAAACGGGGGACUCUUCCGGCAGAGUCCAGUCAAGACACCCAUGCCAAUGUCCUACCAACCGAUUCCAGGAGGACCCAUCCCAGAGGCCGGCGACGCCAGCCACGGGACAUCCAUCUGAGCAAGCCGAACAUUCACAGACAUUUGAGCUCGAAAUGAAGAGUGGAGAGCCAAACAGAGUGCCAACUGUGGAAGUCUAUAAAUAAAAACACUAAAACAGGAUUUUUAUGACCAACAUUAAAAAAGUCAGUGACACUGACUCUUCACUGUACAUAUUUGUAAGUACAUAAAGAGAGACGAAACAUUACAAAAAGUGUAUUUUGAAUAUCCUCAACAACUGAGUUUAAAAAUAGAAGUGUUUAAAAAAAUGACUGUUCAAACGGCUUUGUAAAUUUUGUUCUAAAGGAAUAAAGGUGACAAUUCUUUGUGGUUGUUUUCUAAGUGCCAAGUUCAACAUUUACUGAAUGUACUGUGAGAAAUAAAGAAAAACAUUUCACACGUCAAAACACACUGAAACAGUUGACUUUGUUUAAUAUGAAAAAAUAAAAAGUAUAACACAAAAAAA